AUGGUUGGACAGACGACACUCGAGCUCACGGACGGAUCCAAGUUGGAAGUCUCGCGAAACAACUGUGGAAGACACGACACCCUACUUCCACAUCAAUCAUCAAUCAUCAACAACAGCGCUAUCAUCAUCACCAUGAGUUUGCAAUUGCCGUGGACGCCCUUAUACACGCAGACUGGUGCUUCUUCUAGUCAAAGUGACUCUACUUUGGGAUACUGGUCUCUGGUGGGAACGGUUGCCUUCACCGUCCUCGUGUACGCAUUUGAAAAAUCCUUGGACGCCCGUCAAAAGGCGGCCUAUCAAAAGACCUCCUUUCCCACGGAAUUGGAAACCACGGUUUCCAAGAUCGAUGCGGAACGUGAAAAGGAAGGAAAGAAGCCAAAGGAUGAUGACGGCGACGCCGACGAUGGUGGUGGCGACAAGAAAAAGGAGGAAAAGGAAUCCAAGUCCUUGUUGGAGCAACUCAAGGACAAAUUCAAGAGCAGUCAGUCGUACGGUUUGGACAAGAUCAACUUUGGAAUGAUCGCUUCUACCUACGACACCUUUGAAUCGGUGGCAUUUUUGCUACUUGGAGCCUUUCCAUAUCUUUGGGACAAGUCUGUGGCGUUGGGUCUUUCGAAAUUUGGAUGGUCCCAAUCCGAAGAUGAAAUCAAAAUCUCGCUCAUCUUUUUGGGACUCAUCACCAUUGUCGGAACCAUCACUGCACUGCCUUUUGAAAUUUACUCUACCUUCCAAAUCGAAAAGAAGCAUGGCUUCAACAAACAAACUUAUGGACUCUUUUUCACGGACAAGAUAAAGUCUCUCAUUUUGACCUCGCUCAUUGGUGGACCCUUCCUGGCGCUACUGCUCAAGAUCAUCAAGGCCGGUGGUGACUAUUUCUACAUUUACGUUUGGGGAUUCAUGUUUGUCUUUUCCGUCUUUAUGAUGACCAUUGUACCCGUGGUCAUCAUGCCCAUGUUCAACAAGUACGAGCCUCUACCAGAAGGUGGAUUGAAGAAGAGUAUUUACAAGCUCGCCGAUCGUUUGCAAUACCCACUCAAGAAACUCUUUGUCAUGGACGGAUCCAAGCGAUCUUCUCAUUCCAAUGCAUUCAUGUUUGGAUUCGGUAGCAACAAGCGUAUUGUGCUGUUUGAUACGCUCAUGGAGCAAGUCAAUCCUCCGGAAAUCUUGGCCAUCUUGGGACACGAAUUGGGUCACUGGAAGCUUGGACACACCUUGACCAACUUUUUUGUCACACAAGUCUACUUUGGAGCUGCCUUUUACUUUUUUUCCUUGUGCUACACAUCUCGCGAUUUGUAUUCCGCCUUUGGAUUUGAUGAUCCCACGAACCCACCACCCACGGUCAUCGGACUCAUGCUCUUUUUCCAAACCUUGUGGGCUCCUGUCGACAAGGUUCUUUCGUUCGUCCUGACCAUCUUCUCUCGGCACUGUGAGUUUGCAGCAGACGAGUUCUCGGUGGAUCUUGGGUACUCGGCAGAACUGCAAAGUGGUCUCUGCAAAAUUCACUUGGAGAAUCUUGGUGCCAUGAACCCUGAUCCAUGGUACUCCACAUACCAUUACAGUCACCCUCCUCUUGUAGAGCGUCUGUCCGCAAUGAUGGCACUGGACAAGAAGAAGAAAUAA